CCAUUCUCUGUAACCCUUGUAACUUGCUCCACUGAGACGCCGUUGAGCGUGUAUCAGCAGUGGUCAUAUCGAAAGCGAAUUCCAAAUCAAGAAGGAAUAUUUUCUUUCAGUUAAUAAUACAAUCGAGUUUCUUGGCGUAAAGAGAAGUCAAAUACAGCGUGUGAUCUCAGGAUCCGGCCAGACCAUGUCCCAGGACAAGAGCGCCUUCCCCAUCAUGGGAGAGAACAACCCCCUCCACAACAGUGUCUAUGGGCCGCCCCAGGCUGGCUUCGGCAUGCCCCCCCCUAACUACACCCAGGCCCCCGGCCAGGCCCCUUACCCCCAGGCUGUAGGCUUCGGCCAGCCUGGAUUCACCCAGGCAGGUCCAGGGUUUGUGCCGGGCCCCUACCCCCAGGCCGGAUACCCUCAGGGCCCCUACCCCCAGGCCGGAUACCCUCAGGGCCCCUAUCCCCAGGCCGGAUACCCUCAGGGCCCCUAUCCCCAGGCUGGAUACCCUCAGGGACCCUACCAGCAGGGGCAACCACAGCCCGGCUUUGCCGCAGACCCAAACAUAUCCAUGGACAGCCCAGAUUACCAUGGCGAUGUGCCACCCUCCUACUAUGACAACGAGGAGUUCACCAACUCAGGCUUCGAGGACAAGACCAUUCGCCAGGCCUUCAUCAGGAAGGUGUUCAUGGUCUUGACUGUGCAGUUGAUGGUGACCACCUCCUUUGUGGCCGUCUUCACCUUCGUGGAUGACGCCAAGAUGUUUGUGCGCCGUAACCCCUGGACGUACUACGUGUCCUACGCCAUCUUCUUUGUGUCUCUGAUUGUGCUCAGCUGCUGCGGAGACUUCCGUCGCAAGCACCCCUGGAACCUGGUGGCAUUGUCCAUUCUGACCCUGAGUCUGUCCUACAUGGUGGGCAUGAUCGCCAGCUUCUACGACACCGAGACUGUGAUCAUGGCUGUGGGGAUUACAUCUGUAGUCUGCUUCACCGUGGUCCUCUUCUCACUACAGAGCAAGUACGACUUCACUUCCUGCAGGGGCGUGCUGUUUGUCUGCCUCAUCGUCCUGCUGCUGUUCUCCAUCCUCUGCAUCUUCAUCCGCCACAGGAUACUCCAUAUCGUCUAUGCCUCGCUAGGAGCUCUGCUGUUCACCUGCUUCCUGGCUGUGGACACCCAGCUCCUCCUGGGAAACAAGAAGCUUGCCUUGAGUCCAGAGGAGUACAUCUUUGCUGCCCUCAACCUCUACACCGACAUCAUCAACAUAUUCCUCUACAUUUUAGCCAUCGUGGGGCGCUCCCGCGAAUGAGAACCCUCCUCUGUGGGACAGGAGAGGCAACGCGCAAAAAAAUACCUCUCUUGUGUAUGGAAAUGAUGCCCCCCCCCCUCUGUCAGUCAUCUUGUGCUGUUUCUCCACUUCUUGACAUUCCCUCUCACUCUCCUACUUUCAUCGCCCUGAACGUGGACAGAUUAGGAUGGCAGAGGUUUCUUCUGCGCUGCCGGUCUUUCACCAAAUCCAUCCACAAGGGGCACAUUGUAAUGCAUUGGUUUCAUAUCCCGUGAAGGUUGUUUAUUGCUGUGAAAGACCUUAAGCCCAUUUUUUUUUGUACAUGCCCUUUUCCCCUCUGCUCGACAGAGGGACUGCUAACUUUUAACUUAUUUUACCGGGAGAGAUGACUGUCUACAGUCAUUUCAAACAUCUUUUACUUUUCAUCUGAAAACCGUAAACCUCUCCUGACCCCUGUGUACGUGUUUCUCUCUCCCUACUUGAUCUGGCACAUGUAACUGCAUGGUGACUCUAAAACCCAGCUAAGAAUUCUGUAGAACACCACAAGGAUAUCUUUCCUAGCCUGCUUCCUACAUAGCUGUAAAAGGUUUAGUGUAGUAUUGUAUAUGGCAAGUUCAAUAACCCAAUCUCUAGGCAUGCUGGAGUAUGUACCGCUGUGAUGCUUGAUGGAAACAGUGCUCUGACAUUACGGCAACACUUAACACUCAAAUGACCAUGAAGGAAACAAAGGUUGGAUGUAUGAAAACAUAUAUGCAUAUAUAUAUACGUAUAUAUAUGUAUGUAUGUAUAUAUAUGUAUGUAUGUAUAUAUAUAUAUAUAUAUAUACACACACACACGCAGUAUAUAUUCCUUCUGUUUAGAUCCUUGCUUCGUUUGGUUUUCAUCCCCUUCUUCCUUUUUUGAACGAAGCAGAGCUUUGUGAUUGAUAGGCCUAAGCUAAAGGUAGAAUGUUUCAUUUAGUCUCUUUUUUUCUUUCACCUCCUGUUUGGUUUCUGUCUUUCUGUAAAGUAAACUUUAGUGUUGUGUUUUUCCCAUUAUAAGUAAUGUGAAAUGUGGAAGUAUUGGAAUUUAUUAUUACUUUUUUACAGAGUUGUAAUAGAUAUAAAUAGCUGCUUUUUUUGUGAAGUUGGUGAACAACAGGCUUGAAGGACACAGUAGCAUACUUUCUUAUUGAGCUGUUUAUGGAAGUUGCUGUAGAGUUGCUGCUUUUAAGGUGAGUUCGGAAGGAAAUUUGACAUUCUUCUUCUGAAGAGGACUGUUGUGAAGGAUUUUUGUGUGGCUCCCUCAAACACAGUGCCCAAAGAAAGUGUAAAUAUUGAGAAUGGAAAAGUUGAUGGGAGAAACAAAUGGUUAAAUAACACUCCUGAAACCUCUUUGAAAAGUGAUAUUGAUGUGCAAAGUCUAAAUUAUUAAAAACGUUAUUUCAACCACCAUUGCAUGACCCCUGUCCAUCUUCUGCAUGCUGUGUGUUAAAUGCACACAGGGCAUUAGUUGUUUCCUGAUAGACAAAAUGCUGAUUUGAGGUAGUAUAUUGUGUUGCAGAGCUGUUUAAUUAAUCAUAAUUUAAGUUUUGUGUUUGUAUCUAACUAAAUGUGUAUAUAAAAUGCCUCAGUGGUUUCACAUGUAUAGAGUAAUGUUGGGCUUGUAGGUCUGUUUGCACUGUAUAUUUGCAUUAAAUUGAACUGGAAUUGUUUUCCUCUA